AUGGCGAAAGCUUUGGAAGUUGAACGACUAGUAGCAUAUACUGACUGUCAACUAAUAACUGGACAAGUCCAGGGGGAAUAUGAAGCCAAGGAUGAGAAGAUGAAGACCUAUUUACAUAAGAUAGAGGAUAUCAAGGGCUUUUUUAAGAAGUUUUCUAUUCACCGGAUUCCCAGAGAAGAGAAUACGCAGGCGGACGCCCUGGCUCGAUUGGCAACCACAGAGGAAGAUAAAGCCAUACCCGUGGGAUAUUUGGAUGAGCCUAGCACGGUCUGGGAUUGGCCACAGAAAAUACACCAGGUGGCCCAUGGCAUGGAGUGGGCAGAACCCAUUAUCAGGUACAUUGAGAACGAAGAGCUACCCCAGGACCGCAUGGAAGCACGAAAGAUUAGGAUGCGUGCGGCAAAAUAUUCCCUCGUUGAUGGGGUUCUCUACAAGAAGGGAUUUUCUCUACCCUACUUGCGUUGUGUCUCCAUUGAUGAGGCAAAUUACAUUCUAAAGGACAUACAUGAAGGCCUUUGUGGAAAUCAUGCUGGGGGCAGAUCAUUAGCGCAUAAAGCUAUCCGACAAGGAUACUUUUGGCCUACUAUGAGGACAGAUGCACUUGAGUUUGUGAAGAAAUGUGACAAGUUCGGAGCACCAAGGGUAAUUGUGACCGAUAAUGGGAAGCAGUUUGAAAGUGAGCAGUUCCUCGAUUUUUGUAAUGAACUUGAGAUCAAAGUUCAUUUCUCCUCUCCUGCCCAUCCCCAAGCCAAUGCGCAGGUUGAAGUCACGAAUAGGACAAUAUUGAAGAUGAUCAAGACACGCCUAGAAAAGGCCAAGGGCUUGUGGCCUGAACAACUACCCGGAGUUUUAUGGGCCUAUCGCACUACCGUAAGAACCCCUACUGGGGAGACCCCUUUUGGGUUAGCUUUUGGAAGUGAAGCUGUGAUCCCGGUAGAAACCAAGGUUGCUACCUUCAGAACCAAGUAUUUUGAACCUCAACAGACGGAGUGGAACUACGAUUAA